AUGCCUGACAGUGAAAGGGGAAUAAAUGAGCUAUUUCUGCCCUCUAGCUUUUUUACUUUAAAAAUUCAGCCUUCGUGUGUUCUGGCUUUUAAAAUCCCGCCUGUUCUUUCUUUUAUUCUUUCUCUUAUAUUUUUUGUUAGCGACCCGCUUUUUGCUUUAAAGCUUGUACAAGCUUUCCCUAUUAAUAUAUAUAUUUUUGCAGUUUCACGUCAGCCACCCACAUUGGCAUGCAUGUCAACGACCCGAAUGACGAGUGUUAGGUAAAAAAUAAAACAAAAGAAAAAAGGGGGGAAAGAGGGUGGCUGGUGUAAACAUAAAAGGAAAGAGGUAAAAAAAUUUUGAAUUGAAAAUGAUGUGUGAAAUAUAUAAAUAAAAUGAUUAAAAAACAAACAAAUGAAGGAACAAACAAAAACACAAAAAUUGGAAGA